AUGGCAGGUGCAGGUGGCCGAGGUGUCUGCUUGGGAGCAGGUUUUGCCCUGCAGGCAGGUGAUGCGGACUCUCGCCCCUGUGGCCACCAACUCGUGGGCCACACAGUGAAGCCAUCCACCGGCGCCUUCGUGUGGCAGGUGGCAGGGCCUGGGCAGUGCAGAGCAGCAGAGCGAGUGCGGGCAGUGCCCUGCAAGAUUUUACGCUGUCAGCCCCCGGGGCCCCUGCCCCCCCCCCUGCCGGCCCUCGCCCUGCUGCUGGGCUGCUGGGCCGAGCUGGGCAGCGGGCUCGAGUUCCCGGGGGCCGAGGGCCAGUGGACCCGCUUCCCCAAGUGGAACGCGUGCUGCGAGAGCGAGAUGAGCUUCAACAUGAAGACGCGCAGCUCCAGUGGGCUGGUGCUCUACUUCGAUGAUGAGGGCUUCUGCGACUUCCUUGAGCUCAUCCUCACGCAGGGUGGGCGGCUGCAGCUCAGCUUCUCCAUCUUCUGCGCCGAGCCAGCCACGCUGCUCUCUGACACGCUGGUCAACGACAACCGCUGGCACACUGUGGUCAUCCGCCGCCACUUCAAGAACACGACUCUGGUCAUCGACCGUGCCGAGGCCAAGUGGGUGGAGGUGAAAUCCAAGCGGCGGGACAUGACAGUAUUCAGCGGGCUCUUCCUGGGCGGGCUCCCGCUGGAGCUGCGGUCAGCCACCCUCAAGCUGACGCUGAGCUCCGUGAAGGACCGUGAGCCCUUCAAGGGCUGGAUAACUGACGUCAGGGUCAACUACACGCAGGUGUCGCCUGUGGAGAGCCAGGAGGUGCGGCUGGAUGACGAGCAGAGCCGCCUGUGCGCUGGUGACGAUGUCUGCCUCAAUGGGGGUGUCUGCUCAGUGCUCAACGACGAAGCCGUCUGCGACUGUUCCCAGACGGGCUUCCGCGGCAAGGACUGCAGCGAAGAAGACAACUAUGUGGAAGGUCUGGCGCACCUGAUGAUGGGCGACCAAGGUAAAAGUAAAGGUACUACAUGA